AUGCGCGAGCAGUGGGAGGAGGGCUUCUACGCGAGAGCCGUCGAGAUGUGGACGUCGCUCGAUCACUCGCUCAAGCUCGCGCCGCCCGCGAACGCCACGGCGGAGGAGAACGCCUCCGCGGGCGAGGACUCCAUCCGCAGCCUGGAGCAGGCGCUGGCCGAGCUGCGCGGGGCCCGGGCGCGGCCCCUGCUCGCGGGCUGGCGGGAGGCGCAGCUGCUUGGGAGGACGGGCCUUCGAGGUCGGCCGCAGCUGCCUCCUGCGGUCGCUCCCGCGCAGAGCCUCGAGCCGGGCGGGUCCUCAAGCGAUAGCACAAGACAGCGCUCAAUGGAACAAUCUUGA